UUCAGUGGAUUUUCAAUAAUUUUUCAUCAACAGGACGUACCAGAACUUGUUUUUUAUCAUUCCCUGCCAUUCUCCUCCCUGUUUAAUUUAAUUUAUUUCUCAUCAUCACGAUCCGCUGCACUCCACUGACCGUCUGAUCCUCUCACAGGAUCGCUCCCUCCCGCAGCAUGGCCAGCCUGUGCAGCCAGCUGCUCCGUCGCAGCUCCUUCCUCUCAGUUUCGCUGCAGCGCAGUGUGCACACCUGCCCCGUCCUCAACAGCAAGUACCGUCUGGACUCGCACGUGCCCGCGCCCGCGCCCAUCCAGGACGUCGACAGCAGGGACCACUGGGUGGUGUGCGCCGAUGAGGGUCGCACCUUGGUACUGUACCAUCCCGAACGGCCCUUUCCCUACGAGCACUCCCUGCCCAUCCCGCGGCAGGAGGCCCUGCUGAAGGAGGGCGACUCGGCCGUCAAGGUGCAGUUCCGGCUGGAUGUCGUGCAGGCCGAGAUGGCCAGGAAUAAGCACGCCAUCACGAAACAGUUGGCCGAGACCUUCUUCACCACACCCUACGCGCAGCAACCGCGCGGCCAGUAUCGGUGGACCCUAAAGAAUCCGCCUAAGCGUCGGCAAGGAAUUUGAUUGUGCUCUGUUGGCGCCGUGUACACUUAAUGUUUUUGCGAGCGUCGUGUCGAUCGGAAUUUUUUUAUCAGCGCUGAGUUGGUUGCAACACGUCAACGAAAAGCAUUUUAACACGAAUUGUCAUCCUGAGAUCGUGAUAUUCCUACUGGAUUAUUACAUUCUGUUUCGUUUCUUCCUUCUAUGAAGUGUUCAAAAUAAAAAUAUCUUCACGA